ACCGAGGGAGUGGUUCGUUUCCCAGAGCGCAGGAAUCUGCCGAUCUAAUUUUUUUAAAACCUAAACUCUGGGAAUAUCUGCCGAAUUUUUUUUACAAUCAUAUAAAUAUAUAAUACAUUUUUCUUUGCAGUGUUUUUUAUUUUUUUAGGAGUACAUUUCUAACCAGGAUUUGACGCUUGGAAACAUAUCCGGGAGCUCUUUCGUUUUUUUUUUCUUUUUGUUUUGCAUUUCAGAGCGAUAGAUUUUCCAAACAGGCUUUUCGGCAAGAGAAAAGGAGAAACAUAAGGAUUUUUCGGGGGAAAAAAACAUGGAAACAGGGAGUAAAAACAGCGGACAAAAUGACUGAACCCAAGUUUCCAGUUUGGGGAAUACGGCGGAUAAACACGGAGUUGGUUCUCGGGUGUUGUGCGGCGGAGGAUGGUUCAGGAUUAAAGUAGGAUUACUUUUUUGUCCAUUUUUUUCUUCCAUCCAGCAGCAAAGUUUAUUAGUAAACAAAUCAAGUGUAAAGAUUUUGGCAUUAAAGCGUUGAAAAGUUGUUGUGGGGGGAAAACAAAAGUAUCCGGGUCUCAAGCCAAACGGAGUUACAAUGAAACCUUCGGCACGGCGGAUGUUUUGAAGCCGCAGAAGAUCCUGUAUAAGAGACAUUGUUUCCAAAAAGGACAAAAACCCCCCCCAAGAAAACUGCAAUUCUGUUGCAGGGAAAAAAAACCACAAAUUACAACUUUAUAUAUAUUUUCCCCUCAUUGAAAUGCGAGAUUUUCCGUCUCAAUCCCGAUGACACGACACUCUGUUUUCUUUUCCCACAGAAGUCAACGUUCACGUUGCCUGAAGGGCGACAUUACAGAAAAAAGACCCCAAAAUAAUAAAAAAAAAACACCAAAUACACGAUGAAGUUGCGGGAAAUUAGCUUUUAAUUCAUCCGGACACUUUAGACAACGUUGAAUUUUUGGAGAAAAAAAAGUUUCAUGGGGAAAAAAUAUUCGCCUUUUUUCUUCCAGCUUGGACUCAGAGACCGAGAAAGAGUCGUGUAAUGAUUAGACUUUUUAAUAUUUAUUUCCCAAAUAUUCACAAUUUUUUUUACUAAAACUGUUUUGCGGGACUCCUGGAUGUUGUUUUUUUCACUUUAAUUUUGUAUAUUUGUGCAAUUUUAGUUAAAACGAGACACUUUUUCUGUGCCUGUUACUUCUACACAUCGUUGGAGUCGCCUCAUGUAAACUCACUUAGCUUAGCAUAGUUUUUUCUCCAUUCGCCAUUGGUGAAAUACUUUUUUUUUGUAUAUUCUGGAUAAUAAAUAACCACCAAAGUUCAUCUUUUGGAGCAUUAGAAACACCUAGACGAAUACACCAGUGUUUUACUAUGGUAAAAUGCUAGUUGGAUAAAAACCGAAGGUGGAAAAAGGAAAGAAACGGAAGCCCAAUGAGCAGCUCACAGUUUACAGUAGCUGACAGGUUUCCCAAAAAACCAACCAGACCAGGAAGUAUUAUCAACAAGGACCACCCCCCCGACAAGAAACCCAAGAGCGAGAAGGUGUCCGCACCACCCACACAUGACUUUGACCCCACAGAGCUGCCUGUGCAGAGUGUAGAACGAAGGCCCGAGUCGUGUGGGCUUGUCCAGAGGUGUGUGAUCAUCCAGAAGGAUGAGAAUGGCUUCGGGUUGACGGUGAGCGGCGAUAAUCCAGUAUUUGUGCAGCUGGUUAAAGAGGAUGGAGCUGCUAUGCGAGCUGGCGUUCAGACGGGUGACAGAAUCAUCAAGGUCAACGGGACUCUAGUAACACAUUCCAAUCAUGUCGAAGUUGUGAAGUUAAUCAAAUCGGGUUCGUACGUGGCUCUGACGGUGUUGGGGAGACCCCCGGGUUUGCCGCAGAUCCCCUUAUCAGAGGGAGAAGGAGAUGGAGACACACUUUCGUCCCUCAGCUCCCCCUAUUCCCCCGGCCCCACUGUAGCAGAGCGCUCAUCCUCUUCCUCAACCUCUCCCUCCGAGCGCAUCACCUCCCCUUUACCCGCAUGGGCUAUGAAGGAGGAGUACAGCAGAAACCCUACAGCGAGACUACUGAAGGACAUCCAGGAGGCCCAGAAGCACAUUCCUCUACUUCCGAGCCAGCUCAGCAAAGCUACCACGGCUGGCCAGGAUGGCCUGCUUUUUCCGAGGCCGGGGGAAGGAGACUCGGAGAAAGGAGGAGGGUUAGGAGACGUGGACACUUCUCCAUCCUGGCACUUUGACACAGAGUCCCCCAUGAACAGCAACUCGGCACCGGUCACGCCAAGUAUGAUCCCAGAAAGCAUGUACCAAAGAGACACGCCAUGCCACAGCCCAAAGUCGACGCUGCGCGUCAGCCUCAACUCGUGCCCGUCUCCCGAUGGCGAGGAUGCAGUCGACCUGGACUCAAACUAUCCGUGUAGCGUGGGGAGCCCAUCGUCCCGUCUGCCUCCUCCCAUCAUCGGAGCUGAGGACGAUGACUUCGACACCGAACAGGAGCAGAUGAACGGUCAGUGUAGCUGUUUUCAGACCAUAGAGCUGUUGAAGUCUCGACCUGCUCAUCUUGCAGCCUUCCUGCACCACGUGGUCUCUCAGUUCGACCCUGCACCUCUGCUGUGCUACCUCUAUGCCGAGCUUUACAAGCAGAGCAACCCCAAAGAGACGCGGCGGAUAUUCGGGGAGCUUCACUCCACGUUCAUGGACCGAUCAGCGCAACUGAAAGUUACGGUGCCAGAUUUAAUCUCAGCUGACAUGGAUCGAUGGAAGCCUGAUUUACUUCCAGAGGAUAUUCAAAGACAGCAUGUGCAACAGAUACAGGACAUACUUCUACCUGACAUCCAGAAACAUCUGGAAGACUUCAGGCAGAAGCGCAGUAUGGGCCUGACUCUGGCUGAAGCCGAGCUCAGCCGACUCGACACGGAGCGCGUGCGAGACCGCGUGGCCCUGGAGAGAGAGCGCUCCUGUUCGGAGCAUAUCAUCUCCAAGAUCAAUGAAGUCUUGUUGACGCCAUCGGCUACCGAGGAGGAGAAGUGUACGGCCAUGCAGUUCGUCAUCCAGGCCUACAUGAAGCACCUCGGGGUCAAGGUGAAGGAAUCUCGGGGCUUCGAGCCCAAGCCCAAGCUAAUAAACCUUCUCCCUAAAAUCAAGAAGACGAUAAAACCGGAGAAGGACGGAAGCGUUGAGGAGAAGCUGAAGAAAUCCCGCUUCCAGAUCAUCCGCGGCCAUAACAAAAGGCCCAGCAGGACAGACGUCUCCUCAAUUACCAAGGCUCUAGAGCAGAGCAAGCAGCGGACACAAAAGCAGCCGUCGCAGAUCUCACUAGGCACGACCGAUCCGCCCGAAACACCUUCAGCAGGCCGGACACGGAGCAGUCAGUCCAGCGAAGGGCCGGACGGCAGCACGAGCGCCGUCAGCUCCCCUCCUUUCAGCGCUUCCCCCUCACAGAGCUCCGACAGCACAACCAGAGAGUCAGAAUCAGGUGCUACUCCGUCAUCAGCAUUACCCAGGCUCGGAGAGGUCGGCCCUCAGGGUGAAGGACCGGACUCCUCUACGUCAGUCACGCACUUCGACUUCACCUGUCCUCUGGACCAUCUCCAACAGGAGGAGCCUGAAAUGGACAGAAAUCCCGAUGGAGGAACGCCACGGCCGCUCAGAAGGAUGGAGCUGUUGAGCUCGGGAGAGGUGCAGAGCGAGGACGAUCAGGCGUUUGAGGUGGAGCCGGAGCAGGACCCUCCUCACUGGCAGACGUUGGUGAGCACAGACGUCCUCGCGCUCCUGCCGCAACAUGAGAUCAAAAGGCAGGAAGUGAUCAAUGAACUGUUCUACACGGAGCGCGCUCACCUGCGCACGCUGAAGGUCCUGGACAACGUCUUUUACCAGAGGAUGAGCCGAGAGACUAUACUGCCCCCUGCAGACAUCAAAAACAUUUUCGCCAACCUGGAAGAGAUCGUCCAGCUACACGUGUCUAUAACAGAGCAAAUGACGGCCAUUCGGAAGAAGAACGAGACGACAGUCGUGGACCUCAUAGGAGACGAUUUGCUGUCCUGGUUCAGCGGAACGGAAGAAGAUAAGAUCAAGCGGGCAGUAGGAACCUUCUGCAGUAACCAGCCCUUUGCUCUGGAGCUUAUCAAGAGCAAGCAGAAGAAGGAUCAACGAUUUGCUGCCUUUGUGCAGGAUGCCGAGAGCAAUCGGCAAUGUCGAAGGCUCCAGCUGAAGGACAUGAUCCCGGUGGAGAUGCAGAGACUCACCAAAUACCCGCUUCUGCUCGAGAACAUCGCGAAAUACACCGACGACAUCGAAGAGAAAAGCAAAGUGAAACGAGCCUGCGAAUGCUGCCGGCAGAUCCUCAACCACGUCAACCAGGAAGUCAAAGAAGCUGAAAACAAACAGAGGUUAGAAGACUACCAAAGAAGACUGGACCUGUCAUCACUGAAGCAGAGCGAGUACCCUAUGAUUGCAGAGUUUAAGAACCUCAACUUGACCAAACGGAAAAUGGUGCACGAGGGACCACUUUCUUGGAAAGUGAAUAAAGACAAGACUAUUGAGCUCUACACGCUCCUGCUAGAGGACAUCCUGGUGCUGCUCCAGAGGCAGGAUGAAAAGCUGAUCCUGAAGUGCCACAGUAAGAAUCUGGCAGGCACGGCCGAGACAAAACACAUCUUCAGCCCGAUCAUCAAGCUCAGCACCGUCCUGGUGCGCUCUGUAGCAACAGACAACAAAGCGUUCUUCGUAGUGUCCAUGUCGGAUUACGGGGCACAGAUCUAUGAGCUGAUGGCGCAGACCGUGUCCGAGCAGAAGACGUGGCACGACCUCAUCGGGCAAAGGGCAGAUUGUAUGAAGAGCCUGCCUCAGAACGACCCGGAGCGGGAAGCUGACGACGAGAUGAACACUGGUAUGCCGAAACUGAACAAAGAUCCAGAUCGCAUCUCUACUGGAAGCGUCCAGUCCCCAGAAAAAGAUGCUACUUCAGAGAUCAUCCAGCUCCCUGCAGCAGGAAGCAACCCAUUUGACACCAAGUCAGAUGAUGAGGAAGAGGCAGAGGAAGAGGUUGAGCGCUCAAACUCGCUGCAGGUUCAGGAGGAGGAGGAGGAGGCCUUCCUAGACACGGAGCUUGCCGAAAGACUCCCGUUCUUGAAGCAGGGCUCGAGGCACGCCAUCGCUGUAGAAGAUCUGCCUCCGCUAAUGGCGGACGAGGCGCUUCGAACCUUGGCUACUCUGAGACAGCUCCUGAUUAACCACAUGGACGGUCAGGAGGAUGUGGACAGGGAGAGGGCGGAGACUCAGCUGCCUGAAUUGAGGGAAGGAUCUUUGCAAGGCCCGGAGGAAAACGCUGCCCCCAGUAGCUCAGUGGAGAACGGCGCGGAGAGAACGGAGACGGCACACGCCAGGACGGAGAACCGCCACGAGCUGCCUUCAGGAGAUACAGGCUUCUUCGAAACCUCAGAGGACUUUGUAGGUAGUUACAUGGUGCUGGAGGGUUACGGCGGUUCUGGCGAGAGCAGCACUGAUGACGACGGGCAGCUCUGCAGCACCGAGCGCACAGCAGCAGGAGACUCUGGCAUCGACCUGAAGAAGCUCCUGUCCUCGACUUCCUCUGAGAGCAAAGGGCCCAACUUUAGCAGACAGAUCAUGACCCACUUGCGCCUGCUUCAGGCCAACCUCCAGCAGCUGAAGGAUGUAGAAUCAAAAUAUAACCAACUAUGCCAAAGGCACUCGGAGCAACCAGCUACUGAAUCAGAAGAAAACAAAGAUAAAAGCUAGUGUUCCUGGAGCUGUGGUUUUCCUGUUGGAAGUAGAAUAAAUCGGGUCAACAGGAAGGAUUUGCUGCUCCCUGCUCAACUCUUUGCGCAUCUUAAAAAGACCCCCGAAACAAACCUCAUACACACGGUGCAGGACAAACCCAGGUUCGCUUUCUGUGGAAAGAACAGGGGGAAAUUUCUGGAGACGUUCCAUCAUCAAUUCCUAGUUUCUCCAGCUAUUUAUUAGGAGUUAUGAAGACUUUGAUUGAAGCAGCUUUUGACAAAAAAAAAAAAAAGGAAAAAAAAAGAAACAUGAUGGUGGGUGCACGGCUCCAUAGGACGCACAGAAACCUCAUCUCUUCUAGUUUUUGGUUUUGAGAGCGUAACAGUUUCCCAGGUGGAGUCCUUUCGACCUUCGACUGCAAUUGACUCACGAAAUGUCCUUCAUAAGGACUGCGUAAAGCCCGAACCGAUCAUUCCUGUUGUAUAUGGAUAUGAAUGUUACCGCGACGCACCUACGCGUCUGACCACUAAACCACACGAGGAGCGGCUACUGAAUCGGAGCUUCAUAAUCAGAAUGUCGAAUCAGUUUUCUCCUGGUCGGCUUUCGCUAAACUGUUUGAGGAAUCGCGAUCGGACGUGAAAAGGAAAGCCGCUAUAGAAGAAUCGAUGUUACUGCUGUCACUGUGUGCAGGGGGACAUUCCUGCUUUCCCCGUGUCCUCACAGACAAACCGGAAGCCUCCGAGUCAUAACCUUAAGCUUUCCCCUCCCCUCCACUACAACAUUCUGUUGCAUGACGCUACUGAAGAUCUCUCGGGUCGAGAGAAAGCACAACUUUUCUCACCAUGUGGCACUAAUUAUUAUAUAUAUAUAUAUAUAUAUAUAUAUAUAUAUAUAUAUAUAAAAUUACACACACACGUCUAUUGUACAAAGCCAAACAUGAGCUGAAGAUUUUUUUCGUUUGAUCCGGGGACGAAGUUUAGAGCGGAAGACCCUCCAAAAGGUCUGUAAAUUUGUAAAAUUAUGACCAACACUGCAUUUCUUACAGAGACCUAAUUCCUUUUUUUCUGCUUUUUCCAUUUUAUAUAUAUAUAUAUAUAUAUAAAAUGUCGUGUAUUAUUUUAACAGAACCUACUAAAAGAAAACAAAAGAGGAAAAAAAAAAUAAAUGACUGCAAGCUCUACUUAAAUAUUAAUGUAUUCUGUACUGUUUAUUGGCUAAUGUUCAUGAGGUAUUCUAUUAUUAUUAUUGAGCACUAUUAAUGAUCUUUUAGCUUAAGAGAGAAAUAUCUCUAAUCGCGUCAUGAUGUUUUGGAAAAGAUUUAUUGCACAACGUUUCCUUUUGGUUUUUACUCACUGAAGAAGAAAGUGCUGAGUGUUUCUUGACAGGACAAAAAAUUUAUCGGAAACCACUUCGCCAUGCCGCAGAUUUAUUCAAUAAACUGGAAAGACGAAUUGUC